CCGGUCUGCUGGCAGAGGCCGGAAGUGGCGGUUCUUGGGCUGCUGGCGAGUUGUUAAGUCGGUGGGAGCGGUCGGCGGGGCUUCGCGGAGACACCCUUUAUUCUCGCGGCUGAGCAGGGAUUUAACCACCACCAUGUCGAGCAAGAGGGCAAAGACCAAAACCACCAAGAAGCGCCCUCAGCGCGCAACAUCCAAUGUGUUCGCCAUGUUUGACCAGUCCCAGAUCCAAGAGUUCAAAGAAGCCUUCAACAUGAUCGACCAGAACCGGGAUGGCUUCAUCGACAAGGAAGACUUGCAUGACAUGCUGGCUUCCAUGGGAAAAAAUCCAACUGAUGAAUAUCUAGAUGCCAUGAUGAAUGAGGCCCCGGGCCCCAUCAACUUCACCAUGUUCCUCACCAUGUUUGGUGAGAAGUUGAAUGGCACAGACCCCGAAGAUGUCAUCAGAAAUGCCUUCGCUUGCUUUGAUGAGGAAGCAACGGGCACCAUCCAGGAGGAUUACCUGAGGGAGCUGCUGACCACCAUGGGCGAUCGGUUCACAGAUGAGGAAGUGGACGAGCUGUACAGGGAGGCCCCCAUUGACAAAAAGGGGAAUUUCAACUACAUCGAGUUCACACGCAUCCUCAAGCACGGAGCGAAAGACAAGGACGACUGAAGAGCUUCAAAUCCAGACAAAUGUUCCCUGUUGCCACUUGGGGUAUUUCUGAGAUUUUCCUCCUAGAACCUGUUACAUGCCCUAGCUUACUGCUUUUUCCUUUCUUGUUUUGUAUUUAUAUAAUCUCAGCCUCUUUGGGCCACAUGUACCUUUAUAAUCAGACUGGAAAGGGGACUUUCUGUCGUUAUCUGAGUCAAAAGGAAGGUCAUUACUUACAGGCAGUCUUGUCCCCCUUGUGUAUAACUGCACCCACACAGAGUCAAUAUAUUUUUUCAGAGAAAGUUAUCCACUCAAUUUUUUCUGAAUGAUAAUUAAACUUUCUGAUAAAAUACUUAGUCGUUUAAA